CUGCUCGGAGCUCGGCUCUCCGACCCCGGUGUGCAGACGUGCAGUUACCAAUCGGCGUUCCGUCCUGUCGCUGCUGCGUGCUGAUCUUUCACCGUAGCAUGCGUAGCCCGGCCGGCGAUUGUUGGUGCACGGCUGACCUGCCGGAGCGCGCCUAUCCUUACACCUCACCUCAGUCAAACAUACACACACGCACACGUCUGUGUCAACAAGUUACUAGAUUUUCCAACCCAACUUUGAAACUUUAUUGGUUAUAGAGUCCUCGUCGAUGGAUUGUACGUUUCCUCCGCGCCUUUAAAAUUCUCACCUCACCAAUUCCAAUCCCGACGAGCUCCUAAUUUCCGAGAGCGCGCAGGCAUGGACACGACGCUCACCGACUCCCGGCUCCAUCCUACUCCUACCGUCUCCGCGGUACACCACCCUGCCCACGCGCCGGCGGCAGUCCGCGGCCUCUGCUCCUUGGCCGCUCGGCUCGCCGAAAGCCUCGCCCGCGGCCUCAUCACCUGCGUCUUCGCCACAGUGGGCACGGUCCUCGGCGCGAUCACCGGCGGGCUGAUCGGUCUGGCGACGGAGACGGGCGUGGUGCGCGGCACGGGGGUGGGCGGCAUCACGGGCGCGCUCGUGUCCAUGGAGGUCGUCGACUCGUCCCUCGCGAUAUGGCGCUCCGACGAGCCGGCAAUCUUGAGCGUCGUCUACGUGCUCGACGUGAUCUGGAGCCUGCUGACCGGCCGCCUUGUACGCGAGAAGGUGGACCCUGCCGUGCUCAGCGCGGUCGAGAGCCAGAUGAGUGCAGUGGAGUCACCGGCAGGGCACGGAGACGGCGCCGACAUCUUCGAGACGGGCGGCACCAGCGGCAUACCAAUGGCGGCCAUCAACGCGCUCCCGGUGGUGAAGUUCACCGAGCGCGGGAACGUGGACGCCAGCGGCGAGCACAUCGCCUGCUCGGUCUGCCUCCAGGAGUUUGAAGCCGGCGAGAGCGCGAGGAGCCUGCCGGUGUGCCAUCACACGUUCCACCUGCCGUGCAUCGACGGCUGGCUGCUCCGGCACGCCUCCUGCCCCUUGUGCCGGCGCGCAGUCUAGACCCUUCACCUCUCUGAACAAUCAGAUACAUCCAUAGGAGCUGACAUCGUUCCUGGAGAGUACUAAAUUUUGCACCAUUUUUGUGAAACACAGCAACGUGACCCUGCUGUAACUGGCCCGCUGGUCUGAUCAGAUGAACAUCUUCUGUGUAACCAUAAAUUUUUAAUCACUGGUUAGUUAUGCUGUA